UGCGAUUAAUAUAAUUGAAACUAUUUUGUCUCGUUGUCGAGAUCACUACUCACUUUAGCCUGUUGGACCAAUAUACACGUCAUCUCUCUACCAGUGGAAUUAUGGAAGGUAUCAAGAAUACCGUCUCCAGCCUGGUCGGCCAAGUUGGCUCGAUUGGAUAUACCGGAACCAACGCCGAGAAUGAUAGCUCCUCCUCUACCACUGCAGGUAACCCUGGUACAUCUACCCACCAACAGACCACGACUGAGGAUGCCGGAAUCACUGGCCAUUCAGCCGACACCACUGCCGGUCACGGAGCAGGAGGAUUGACUUCCAGCUCAGGUCCUACAAGCACAGACACCACCACGGCCACGGCCACGAACCCUGGUUCUGGUACUGGUGCCGAAACCGGUGCAGGAGCAGGAGCAGGAGCAGGUCCAGGUCCACACUCAAACACAGGUGCAACCAGCACCGGUCCUACAAGCGCAGGCAACGAGACCGACCACAGCCAGAACCAUAGCAAAGAACACGCUCACGGCCACGGUCUCUUCCAUGCCCUUGGCCAUAAAGACCACGACGACAAGUCGGGGGAGACUGUAAAGAAAGUACAAUCACCCGAUCAAGGCCCGGAUCCAGCACUUGUCGGCGAAGCAGAGAGCCAUCCUAAAUUAUCAGGUCAGGGAGUUCCAGGCUCACACUCGGCUGUGUUUGGAUUGACACCAGACGGCAAGAGACAUGAUGAUACUAGCCACAGUACCACGACGGUGGCGCCGGCUCAUAGUGAGGAAACCACCAUGGGUAGGAAGAGUGUAGCGGCAGCAAGUGGGGUAGAUAAGGCAUCGACUGAGGGUGGUGUUGCGGGUGGAGCUGGUGGUGUCAGUGAUCAGAUUGAUGCUCCGGAUAUGGGUAAGAAGGGUCUUGAGAGGAAAGAUCCUCUUCCCUCGGGAUUGACUGGUAGUUCUGGGAAGCCGGGAGCUGGCUUGACUGGUGUGUGA